CUAAAGAUUAAAUUGCUUUGAAAAUAAAUCAAAUCAUCAAAAUUAAAAAAGUCGACCUUUAUUUCCCUUAUAACGUAAAAAAAGAAAAGCAGAUGAAUCUAAAAUGGAUAAUGUUUUAAGAGCCAAAGUGGAGGCCUGUUGCCGCACUGCAGAAGAUUUUACUAAGUUAUAUUAUCAAACUUUUGAUAAACGAAGACAUCAAAUGAAUCGUUUAUAUUUGGACAACGGAUUAUUCGUAUGGAACGGUAAUGGUGCGCAUGGAAAAGACAAUAUACAAAAAUAUUUCGUAGAACUUCCUACGUCAGAGCACAUUAUCUCUACAGUGGAUGCGCAACCCCUUAUAGACGAAGCGGUAUCUGGUCAGAUAACUUAUUUAAUACAGACAGGCGGUACUGUCAAGUACACGGAUCAGCCUACGAAACCAUUUCAGCAAACAUUUAUAAUAACCGCGCAAGAUGAUAAAUGGAAAAUAGCUAGCGACUGUUAUCGCUUGCAAGAUGCUUUAGUGAAACAAGAUAGUAAAUAAACAUAUUUUUAGA